GCACACUCCCCCCCAAGAACCCCCUCAAGUAACUCCAACCAUGCCUCAGAAGGUCUGUCUCGUGGGCUCCGGCAACUGGGGCUCGGCCAUCGCCCGCAUCAUCGGCGAGAACACCAAGAACCUGCCCGAGACGUUCGAGCGCGACAUCAACAUGUGGGUCUUCGAGGAGCAGGUGAACGGCCGCAAGCUCACGGAGAUCAUCAACUCGGAGCACGAGAACGUCAAGUACCUGCCCGGCUACAAGCUGCCGGAGAACAUCAUCGCCGUGCCGGACCUGCUCGAGGCCGUGCGUGGCGCCGACAUCCUCAUCUUCUGCGUGCCGCACCAGUUCCUGGGCCGCAUGCUCGUGUCCAUCAAGGAGCAGGGCCUCAAGGAGGGCGCCAUGGCCGUGUCGCUCAUCAAGGGCAUCGACUUCGACGAGAACGGAGUCGUGCUCGUGUCCGACCUCAUCCGCAAGGGCCUGGACAUUGACUGCAGCGUGCUCAUGGGCGCCAACGUGGCCAACGAGGUGGCCGCCGGCGACUUCUGCGAGUCCACGCUCGGCUGCGCCGACCUGCGCCACGGCGCGCUGCUGCGCGAGCUGUUCAACUGCCCCACGUUCCGCGUGGACGUGGCGCUGGACCCGCACGGCGUGGAGAUGUGCGGCGCCCUCAAGAACGUGGUGGCGCUCGGCGCCGGCUUCUGCGACGGCGUCAAGUACGGCGGCAACACCAAGGCCGCCAUCAUCCGCAUCGGCCUGAGCGAGAUGAAGAAGUUCUGCUUCAAGUACUUCGACGGCGUCAAGGAGGACACGUUCUUCGAGAGCUGCGGCAUCGCCGACCUCAUCACCACGUGCUUCGGCGGCCGCAACCGCAAGUGCGCCGAGGCCUUCGUGACCCAGAAGACGACCUGGGAGGAGCUCGAGAAGACCAUGCUCAACGGCCAGAUGCUGCAGGGCACGCUCACGUCCAAGGAGGUCUACGGCAUCCUCAAGGAGCACAACGCCACCGACCAGUUCCCGCUCUUCACGGCCAUCUACAAGAUCGCCUUCGAGGGCGCCGACCCCAAGACCAUCACGCAGCUCGAGUACUCGCAGUAA